GCAACUCUCUAUCUCUUAUCCGUUUUAGAGCUUUGCAAUUUGCGUCUUAGCCUCAGAUGACCGAAAUGAAGAUUUUGUGACGAUGGCUCUUUUGUUUGAGUAGGGAAGGAGGGUGCGGGAGCGUGUCUUGCGGGCAUAUGGCGUCGAGGAAGAAUCUGGCUGCAGACGCUCCAUGGAGGGCAGCGCCGACAGGAAAACCCCUCCCCAAGAUCCACCAAUCUCCCAUUCUCCGUGUAUCGUCCGAUCCCCAAUGCUCCUAUGGCCUCGCUGUCAUGAAGCAUUCGAACCCCGUUGGCAACGGAUUUGCGAGUGAAGCUCGAUUGGAGUCGGCGGGGCCCGAGUGUAUCGUUCCCGGACAAGUUAAACCCGUUAGACUGCUGGGCUUGAAGGUAUGGCCUGUCAGUGUUAGCUUUAAAUUCUUGGAGCCUAUUGGACGAGAAAUGAAAGCUAUGGGAAAGUUCAUGGAUUCAGCGUUCAAUCUUAUGCAAGCUUCAUUUUCUGAUCGUUGAGUGCUUCCUUUAGCUGAUCUUAAGAGUUGUAUUUACGGAGACUUGCAUGGGCUUUAUAAUAGAAACUUAUGCUCCUUAGUGGGGUAUUGAAGUUGUAAAGCAGAUUUGUCCAACAAGUAUAAUAUGCUUGGUGAAACCGAAGAGCAGGGUGGCUUCUGAGUUUUUCCCCUGAUUAAGAGCAAGAAUGGAAAUUUCUUUUGGGUAUGUGGGAUCUUGAUAGUGAACAUAUUUGGUUUCCAGUGAAGGCUUGGUGUCUCUCCUUUCAUAAGACGUCUGUUUCUGCUAAAAUUGAGUUAUCCAGACUGAGCUUUUAUUAUAGAGGCUGGUUCUGAACCCGGGCCUGCACCAUGCUCGAAAUGGAUUCCUAUUUAAACAUG